AUGUCGUCGACAACCGUGACUGAGGUAUCUGCAAGCUACAAACUUGAGCUCCAUACGGCUUACGGUCCAGCGUUCCGUGAUGUCCUGAAUACCGCACCACGCGAUGCUACCGAAGCAGAGGUUCCGAUUGUCGACCUCGCCGGUCUGUUCAACAGUGCCGAAAAGCGAAAGGAGAUCGCUCAAGCUGUACGUAGCGCGGGUACCAACAUGGGCUUCUUCUACAUCAAGAACCAUGGCAUCGACGAACAAGUGAUUGGAAAAGCCAAAUCUCAAUUCCUUAGCUUCAUCGAGCAAGACACUGAAGAAAAGGAGAAGGUCUCACAAGACAAAUCCAAAUACUACAACGGAUGGAAAGCUCCUCGCAGUACAAACAUCAGUCGCACCGAGUCCGUCGACGUGAAGGAGAGUUUCAGCUGGCGCUACCAUCCCGAGAACGAUCCUGAUCAUCCUCAGCCCCUGUCAUCUCUGCCCUCUGAAGUUCAGCCAUGGAUUCGCGGCGAAGACUUUGUCUGGCAAGGGACUUCGCAUCUUUCAGAUUUCAAGACCGAUAUCUUGACAUAUUGGCAAUCUUGUUUGAAACUAGCAAGACAACUCGUCAAGGUGUUCGCUCUGAGCCUGGAUCUACCAGAAGACUAUUUCGACUCGAGAACUACAUUCCCCGGUGCUGAUGGAGUGUUGAAUUACUAUCCUGUCACCACUGCAGAGGAAACGGCAGCUAACUCGGUGGGACUGGGUUCGCAUACCGACUUGCAGCUGUUCACUUUGCUUUGGCAAGAUGAAGUUGGUGGUCUGCAGGUGUUGACAAAAGACGGACAAUGGAUCAAAGCGAAGCCCAGACCUGGGACGUUCGUCGUCAAUAUCGGAGACUUUAUGAUGAGAUUGUCAAACGACUUCUUCAAGAGCACGGUGCAUAGAGUGUACAACCGUGCGCCUGUCGAGAGAGUCUCGAUGCCUUUCUUCUUUGCAGGUUUGAACUUCAACUGCGUCGAGGGCGUCAUUCCGACUUGCACGAGUCCCGAAAAUCCCGCGAAGUACGAACCGAUCAGCUGUGGCGAUUGGUGUCAACUCCGAUUCAAACUUGAAGCGGAACGUAUGGCGAAAAUGGUAGCAGAGCGUGAGGCCACUGCGGAGUUGAAAGCUAAGUAG